AUGAACUUCCCGCUGCGCAACCCGCCUGAUCUGGCAUCGGUCGACUUCUCCCAGCCUGGAUAUUCAGCCUACGAUGUCGACGGAACCUUUAGCUUUAGCUCUAGCUUGCAGGCACAGCUCCCGAGCGAUCAUUCGCCAUCACACAGGCCAACCUUCCGCACCUGUCCAGUCCGUCGCCAGCGCUUUCUAACAGCAAGCAACACGAUGCAGAGCUUGUCUGCUGGCCUAGCCGCGAAUGCGAAAGCGCAAGGCGCUGACUCUGCACGCAGACUUCUAGGACUGUCGCUACUAGAGGUGGGGCAGAAGAUAGAGGAGGAAUACGGGUUUAAAGCCAACGAUAGCGAGCGGUAG